UUGUUUUUUUUUCCCCAUUUCUAAACUUUACUAAAGGUUCUAGCAAAGAAUUAAAAUCAUGCAACAGAGCAUCUAUUCAACAGAUACGCAGAAGGUAAAACAACUCGCAUGUAAUAAAGAAACUAAAUUUUCUGCAAAAGAAACUCUCUGCAAAGCUGUGACAUCAGCCCUGGAAGAACAUCACCCAGGAAGCGCCACAGAGGAUGGCGGCGUGGGUGUCCGGAGCAGAAGCCGGGGGCUGGCGGCCAGGCCCACACCCGAGCCCCUUGCCCUCCGGUCCUGUGACCCGGGCACAUUAUUGUGACCUCUCUGUGCUCCAGUUUCCUUCCAGUGACUGAACCGUCAACGAUGCCAACCUCGGCCUGUCGUGAGGAGGCAGUGAGUUAACAGGCUGGGCACGCGUGCGGGUCACGUGUGAGCUGCCGUCGUCAGCAGCAGCAGCAGAGCCUCCGAUGCGCGGCAGCGGCGCUGUGUCUGCUUAGCGGCUAGUGCCGAGGUCCUGCGGUCGGCCCUCAAAGGUCCAUGAAACCAUCACGUGACGCGAUGCACGUGAAGUCCAGGCAGCCAGCGCCGCACUACAAGGGGGCCGGCACCGCGCCGUGACCGGGCACCGUGGAACCAGGAUGGUGGACACGGAGAGCCCCAUCUGCCCCCUCUUCCCGCUCGAGGCCGACGACCUGGGAAGCCCGUUGUCCGAAGAAUUCCUGCAGGAAAUGGGGAACAUCCAAGAAAUUUCUCCGUCCCUAGGCGAGGACAGCUCCGGAAGCUUCAGUUUCACAGAAUACCAGCACUUGGGCAGUGGUGCCGGGUCCGAUGGCUCCGUCGUCACUGACACCCUGUCACCGGCUUCGAGUCCCUCGUCGGUCACUUUUCCUGUGGUCCCUGGCAGUGCCGAUGAGUCUGCCAGCACAGCCCUGAACAUUGAAUGCAGGAUCUGUGGGGACAAAGCCUCAGGCUACCAUUACGGGGUUCACGCGUGUGAAGGCUGCAAGGGCUUCUUCCGGCGGACGAUCCGGCUGAAGCUGGUCUAUGACAAAUGCGAGCGGAGCUGCAAGAUUCAGAAGAAGAACCGGAACAAGUGCCAAUACUGUCGUUUUCACAAGUGCCUUUCGGUCGGGAUGUCCCAUAAUGCAAUUCGUUUUGGAAGAAUGCCAAGAUCUGAAAAAGCAAAAUUGAAGGCAGAGAUCCUUACGUGUGAACAUGACAUAGAAGACUCCGAAACCGCAGACCUCAAAUCCCUCGCCAAGAGAAUCUACGAGGCCUACCUGAAGAACUUCAACAUGAACAAGGUCAAGGCUCGGGUCAUCCUCGCGGGGAAGGCCAGCAACAACCCGCCUUUCGUCAUACAUGACAUGGAGACGUUGUGUAUGGCUGAGAAGACGCUGGUGGCCAAGCUGGUGGCCAACGGCAUCCAGAACAAGGAGGCAGAAGUCCGCAUCUUCCACUGCUGCCAGUGCACGUCCGUGGAGACCGUCACGGAGCUCACGGAAUUCGCCAAGUCCAUCCCCGGCUUCGCAAACUUGGACUUGAACGAUCAGGUCACGCUGCUGAAGUACGGCGUGUACGAGGCCAUAUUCGCCAUGCUGUCUUCUGUGAUGAACAAGGACGGGAUGCUGGUGGCCUACGGGAACGGCUUCAUAACGCGCGAGUUCCUCAAGAGCCUCAGGAAGCCGUUCUGUGAGAUCAUGGAGCCCAAGUUUGACUUCGCCAUGAAGUUCAACGCGCUGGAGCUGGACGACAGCGACAUUUCCCUGUUCGUGGCGGCCAUCAUCUGCUGCGGAGAUCGGCCUGGCCUGCUGAACGUCGGCCAGAUUGAAAAAAUGCAGGAGGGGAUCGUGCAUGUGCUCAAACUCCACCUGCAGAACAACCACCCAGACGACGCCUUCCUCUUCCCCAAGCUGCUGCAGAAGAUGGCGGACCUCCGGCAGCUGGUGACCGAGCACGCACAGCUGGUGCAGGUCAUCAAGAGGACCGAGUCGGACGCUGCACUGCAUCCACUGCUGCAGGAGAUCUACAGGGACAUGUACUGAGUGCGUGCGGACGAAUGGGGGCGUCCCCGAGGGCCUCUGGAGGUGGCAGCACUGCCGAGGAGACAUGGGAUCAAGGCCGCUUUGCACAGAUGUCCCCGCCGAACGCCGAGAGCCUAACGUGUAGGCCCUAGGUGACCGCGACCCCAUCCCACGCCACUUGCCCUUGUACCCAGCGCUUCUCAGAGCGCGCGGAGGUGGAGCUUGGGAAAGUCGAGACAGUGAUGCUCAGCUGUCUGAUUUGAAGCUGUCUGGUGUCAAUCAAUGCAGAUUUCUUUAAAUCACGUUCGUGGUUUACUGCCGGUACCUGGCGACCUCAGAAUCGCUGUCUGUCUUCCCCAGGUACCACUGCUGACUGUUGGGCUCCUUUCUAAUUUUGAAAACUAAUCAGCACUUUUUAACUUUUGUAAUCCUCUAUAUCUAGAUGUAACCAAAGGUUAGGCCUUUUAAAAGCGGCGAUGUAUUUAUUCAGAAGACUUCGAUUCUGUUUCCUGAAUUCGAAGAGGCAACAUGCAGUUUUUUUAAUCAUAGAUGUUAGAGUUUCAGAGAGUCAUUCGAUAAGCUGUGGAAACACAGCCGUGGUGCUGUGUUGGGUCCCUGGGCGCACAGCCGUGGAGGGCCUGUCCCCAGGCUCCUGCAGAAGGUCCCGGGAAACCGUGCCUCGGCCACCCCCACAUGGCUCAUGGCCCCAGUAAAGCUGGCGUCGGUGGGCGGGGUGGUGACGAACUCACAAGUACCUCAGCAUCCAGCCCUCCCCCCGCGUCCUCUCAAAGCCGGGCCUUUGGGGGCCGUGGCUUUCAGCGCAGCCUGGCAGAUUACCGGCGAGCGUCCCUCUGCGUCCCGUGUGUCGAGGCAGCUCCUUGGUCUCCCCCCCCACC